UCUCCUUCUCUCUCUGUCUCUCUCUCUGUCUCUCCUUCUCUUUCUGUCUCGCUCUCUUUCUCUGUCUCUCUCUCUCUCUCUUUCAUUUGUAUGAGCACUUCUUCCUAUGAUUCCCAUUGCUGCUGAAAGGAAUCAAACAUGAGUUCAAUCUAAACUGUCCAUCCUCUGAUGUACAUAGUUAUUUAUACAUGAUCAGGGGAUAAUGUAAUUAGAGUCUGCCGGGGAUUCGGCAAGCAAGGAUUUGUGUGAAAUAGCGAUGAAAUCAACAUAGCCUUAAAAUGUUGCUACAAACGCCUCUCAGAAACAAAGAACCUGUAAUAAUAAUACUAAAAUCUUUUUAAAGAAACAGUCAUGUGAUUUCAAAUAACAUAAUGAACAAUUUUUGUUUUAAGUUUGAAUUAGAAAAAUGUUAACGCUUGCACUUCAGUUAUUCUGUUUUAUUUCCAAGGAAAAAAGAUGAUUGUGUUAAAAUGUGUUAUUACCAUGCUGUACACAGGUACUGCAGAAAUAGACGAAGACAAAGAAACAAUAUGGACAGACAGGAGUAUCUGUGUGUGGAAGAAACAACAUGGACAGACAGGAGUAUCUGUGUGUGGAAGAAACAACAUGGACAGACAGGAGUAUCUGUGUGUGGAAGAAGAGACAACAUGGUCAGACAGGAGUAUCUGUGUGUGGAAGAUGAAACAACAUGGACAGACAGGAGUAUCUGUGUGUGAAAGAAGAGACAACAUGGACAGACAGGAGUAUCUGUGUGUGGAAGAAGAGACAACAUGGACAGACAGGAGUAUCUGUGUGUGGAAGAAGAGACAACAUGGACAGACAGGAGUAUCUGUGUGUGGAAGAAGAGACAACAUGGACAGACAGGAGUAUCUGUGUGUGGAAGAAGAGACAACAUGGACAGACAGGAGUAUCUGUGUGUGGAAGAAGAGACAACAUGGACAGACAGGAGUAUCUGUGUGUGAAAGAAGAGACAACAUGGUCAGACAGGAGUAUCUGUGUGUGGAAGAAGAGACAACAUGGUCAGACAGGAGUAUCUGUGUGUGGAAGAAGAGACAACAUGGACAGACAGGAGUAUCUGUGUGUGGAAGAAGAGACAACAUGGACAGACAGGAGUAUCUGUGUGUGGAAGAAGAGACAACAUGGACAGACAGGAGUAUCUGUGUGUGGAAGAAGAGACAACAUGGUCAGACAGGAGUAUCUGUGUGUGGAAGAAGAGACAACAUGGACAGACAGGAGUAUCUGUGUGUGGAAGAAGAGACAACAUGGACAGACAGGAGUAUCUGUGUGUGGAAGAAGAGACAACAUGGUCAGACAGGAGUAUCUGUGUGUGGAAGAAGAGACAACAUGGACAGACAGGAGUAUCUGUGUGUGGAAGAAGAGACAACAUGGACAGACAGGAGUAUCUGUGUGUGGAAGAAGAGACAACAUGGACAGACAGGAGUAUCUGUGUGUGGAAGAAGAGACAACAUGGACAGACAGGAGUAUCUGUGUGUGGAAGAAGCCAGUAAACCAGUGUGGACACGGACAUGGCAAAAAGGCAAAUGUUUUG